AUGAGGACGCUAAUAAAGCCGCCAUCUAAAUGCGAAUCGCUUGUUAUCAGGAUACAUGGCGGAACCACAACGUCUCAUGUGAUUCAACAGCCGUUGGUACUGAUCGAAGAGUUGUACACAAACUUUAUCUGGAUCGCUGAAGGAGAGCCCGAUAAAGGUAUCCUCGUCCAUAUCGAUCAAAUCCAGAUUCCUGAAGAGAACUACGAGGGCUUCGAUGGAAUCAAUAAAAUAGGACUAAGCUUACAUAUUUAUCUACCGUACUCUCGUAUGGAGGUGUCGUUCUUUGCUCCACCGCGAAGCGAAUUCAAACUGACAUGGCAAAGUGUGCCGAAGAGAGACGCGAACUACACGGAUGGUGAUAAGAAUGCUACGAAAGUGUAUUCAUGCGGAUCGGUAAUGGUUCCAACAUGGGAAUGGCAGGAGCUGACCAAUCCAAAACCUGCUGGCAAAACUACUGGAUAUGAGAACAAUAUGCACUGUAAAUGGACGAUAGAGAGACCACUGAUGACUGGACUACGUGUGAGGUUCACUCAGUUGGAUUUGGAAGCUGUACCAUCUUGCCCAUUCGAUUUCGUUUCACUUCUGCCUGAUCGUGACAUCACUGAAGGGAGUGGAGACGAAUUCCAAUACGGCCAGAAGUAUUGUGCCCCGGGACAAGCCAACAUGACUCUUGAUUACUCAUAUAACAAGAAAUGCAUGUGGUCUGUUAUUCUUGGCUCAAAUCGUCGCAUUGGUUAUGAGAUUAUCGACCUCGAUUUGGAGAAAACCGAUCAGUGCACCAAGGAUGUGUUGUCUGUGGGAUUCAAAAUGCGAAUAUUCGAGAUUUCCGAAGACUGUAGCUCGGAAAAUUUGUUUGUUGAUGAGAGUGAACCUUCGAAGGUGCUCAGCACUCCGCGAUACCCAGGAUACUUACCACACUCCCUGGACUGUCAGUACACUCUACGCGCUCCGAAUGGGCAUCGUCUGAAGUUCACUGUCAAUACAGAGCAGUUCAGAAUGGAGUCAGCUGAUGACGAGUACGUCAAUUUUUGGUACUGCAACAUCUACGCUCCUUCGACAAUCUACUCGACCGGCAAUUUCUUAUUCGUACGAAUUCGUACCGACUCGUUUGCAUCGAGCAAUGGGUUCACAGCUGUUUACGAGUUAGCAUCAUGUGGUGGAACUGUGGUGCUUCGACCUAAUUCGAACUAUACACUGACAUCUCCGAACUAUCCGGACGUUUAUCCACUUCGAACGGAUUGCGACUGGUCUGUUCGUGCACCGAACAGCCACAUGGUUGAAGCGAGGGUUGUUCAUAUCGGUCUCACAUGGAACGUGAACUGCUCUACCGACAGCAUUUCAAUUCGAGACGGUAACAAAACAGCACCAUAUCUCAUGGAGCCGCAGUGCAAUGGCCGCCAUCUUGACAAAAUCAAUUAUCGAUCGGCUAGCAGUGAAAUGACAGUACAAUUCCGAUCAAACGGAACAAUACAGAAAGCUGGUCGCCAACUUUGUAAGGAUAAAAAGUGUGGAUUCGAGAUGGCCCUCAAAGUCAGCAAUGAAUCUUGUGGUGGCAUUAUCACUGGCCAGCAGGGCCAGCUUACCACACCAGGAUUUCCAGGACCACUUUUAGCUCAUGUGAGAUGCCAAUGGGAACUUCGUGCUGGUAUCGGCUUUCGUUACAUGCUGUCGUUCGAAUUCACUGAGGAUCGUGACGGCUUCUAUCAAAAACGUUACGGUGGCGGUGCAAGUGGUUGUUUCCCUGAUUUAACGUUCUUCAAUGGCGAGCCACAACACGAGGCGAUCAACUACCGUAGCGACCGUAUGUUCUGCGAUAAUCGCAAGACGUUUAUCAGUGAUGCGGAUCUUGCCACGAUUAUUUAUUCUGAUACCAACACAAAGCACUACAAGGGACUGUCAGAGGAUUCAAACGAUGAAGCUUACUACGUUCCAUUCCGAGUAAACUACACAAAGGUUCCCAACACGUUCGACAAAAGAGGAUGCGGCAACCUGAUCUCAUCGAAUAGCUCCCAAAUGUUCGGAAACUAUUCAUCGUUGAGCACCGACACCGUCCGUUACUGCCACGUACUGCUUCGGCGCCCACAAGGCUAUGCGACGACGUUCGUGGAAAUCAGCGAAUUCAGCGAAGUUACUAUACUACAUGCUCCGGACUGUUCCGAUUGGACAAAUUCGGUGAUACUCGAAUCAACGAUCGAUGUUCCCCGUGUGGUGUACGAGCGGUUCUGCAAAGUGUCAUUUAUGAACUCGACAAAGCCGAUCUCACGCCUCUAUCUGAACCAGGAUAUCGAAAUACACAUCUUUUCCAUGCAGUCAGCAUAUGUUCCUGAAGAAGGAAUGUCAUUCAAGUUGGACAAUGUGGAGGAGUGGUUUCGAGGCCCGAAUACGGGCGUUAUAACAAGUCCAAACUUUGGCGAAGGUCGACCGUAUCUGAAAGAUUCCAAUUGUCUUUGGAUGCUUGUGGCUCCUGAAGGAAUGGUUGUGAAGGUUGGUGAAAACGGAUAUUGA